GGCUGUCCGCGCACACGGACACCCCAGCAGGCUCCGGCCCCGAGGGAUUUCCCAACUCCUGGCUGGACGCGGCGCCCCUGCAGCCCCCCCGCGCCCUGCCCUGACCUUUGCACAAAUCCCCCAGGGCGGCAGUGGGGAGGGUAUAAAGAGAGAGCCCGGGGCUGCCCCCGCGUCACAGAGCCCGGCACAGCCAUGAAGGCGCCGCUGCUGUUCCUGCUCGCCUGCACGGCCGUCCUGGCACUGGGAGCAAGGGCCGACGCGCCCGAGCAGCCGAAGGCGCUGGUGCAGAAGGUGCAGGAGCUGGCCCAGAAAGCCACGGCCAUGGCCAAGGACGCCUUCAGCAGGGUGCGGGAAUCGGAGGCGGCGCAGCAAGCCAGGCAGUGGCUGUCGGACAACGCGGAGCUGGCGAAGCAGCGGCUGGUGUGGCUCAAGGAGCAGCUGGCGGAGCUCUGGAAGAAGACUCCGGCCGCGUAGCCUCGCCAGGGGCUGCCCGGGGACUGUCGGGGCUGGGGACCACCGGGGCCCACCCGCUGUCGCGGUGCUCUCAAUAAAGCGGGGCUGACGCAAA